UGAGCAGGAAGAGUGGAGCAGGUUGAAGGAAAGUUUUGACAGUCUGCAGUUAGAACAUAAGAAAUUGCAAGCAGCCCAUAAGUCUCUCAGGACAGAGGAUAGCAACCUGAAGCUAGAAAACACUAGGCUUAAAGGAGAACUAGUAGAGUUUCAAGAUGAAGCUGCCACUUUGGAAAUCCAGGUUUCAAAGCUCAUUGGGUAUUGUAAAGCCUUGUCUCAAGUUAAUGGUAUUGAAAGUGAACAAGGAACUCUUGUAGACCAAAUAUUUAGCCUUCUUGCUGACUAUCAAAAUUACCUAAUUUCAAUGAGUGGGGACUCUUUUCCAUCUGUCACAGAAACAGAAUUGGGAAGAAGACUUUAUAUGCUAACACAAGAGAAAAGGAAAGUGGACAAAUUAGUCUCAAGACUUCAGCAAGAACUUGAUGAGAUUGAUAAAAGAGUUAACAGAACUGUAGCAUUUACUCCUGUUAUGAGAAGAACAAGAUCCGAACAACUGUCCAAGUUUCAGAGGGGUCGAUCUUACCAGGAUAGGGGUAAAGUAAGAAGUGCAAACCUUGAAAUACUCUUCGAUAACAGCAACCGUAAUCUGUAUGACAAUUUCGAAGGCAGUAAUCUCAGAGGUACAUUAGAUUUCACUGAUCUCAUAAACACCAUAAAAAAUUGA